GUUUGUUCCAUCUACUCCGUACACAUCCUGAAGAUUUUUUGCGGCGGUGCGCCUUUGCCUGUUUUCGACGCAGACCGAUUCCCAGAUCACCAAUACUCUUACAUCUCCAUUCGUCCCAUCCCAUCAAUUAUCCCAUAUUAUCGCGCCAUCCGAGGAAUAGCAGCCUGGGUUGACGUCAGGGCCAAAACCGCAUCCGAUUCCCUGCGAUCUCGACAUGCGACACAGCGACUGAUUGAUCUGACCCCGAAUCCAUCCCACACGAAUCCCACUCUUAAUUCCAACGACUACCAUACAGCCCAUUCCUCGCCGACCAUGCAAGCCUCUCUUUCGCCAACCCCCAUCAUCCUGGUACCCCACCUCCCACCGAAGACCCUCGUCGGCAUCGAUCUCAUCACCUUCACCUCGACGCCCAAUUUCCACGGAAUCCGCGACUUACCUCCCGGAUGGCACUUCCUAUACACAGGCACAACAGAGAGUCUAUCUCUCCGGAGCGGUGCGUGGUUCUACGUCGGCGACAUCGCCGCCGCCGGCGCGCCCAUCGACAAGAACGCGCUCACCACACGACGCAGAGACACGGGGCCAGAAAUCCACAUCUGGCGAUGGUGCACGGACAACGAGACCCUCAUCCCCUUGCUGGGCAGCAGCGACAUAGAUAAGCAGGAGGCAAUGCGAUACAAAGCGAACUUGGCUGCUGUCUGGCAGAGCGGGGGCCUGUUUGGCUACCGCAGUCGGGUCCCGCCGUCUUCGAUGUCUCGGGGCAUGUCGGGUGAUAAAACGUCGGUGCCGGCUGAGGUGGAUGAGGAGAAUGAGGAGGAAGGGAGGAGGGACUGGCAAGGUUUGACGGAUAGACUUUCGCCGGGGCUUCUAUCGCGCAUCAUCGGGGAGAGUGAGGUUGAUGUGGAUGAUCGGCCGCGUUGGACGGUUACUUCUGCUAGCACGGCGCGACGAGACGAUGAUGAUAUCCCUGGGAUUGAGAAGUUGGGAGAGGGAUCUGGGAAACCAGAAGGCGCGGUUGGGGAGCAGGAGAGCGAGCUGUCGUUCUUACCUAUUGACCUCAAGAGGACGUGGAGAGAAGGGGCCAUUGGACGCGAGCGAACCGAAGCUGCGCAGGAUCGGUCGUGGGCUCUGGGUGAUCUCAUCCAUCAGGCGUCCGGGACUACCAAGGACAAUGCGGGGGCUGAUGAAACAGUCGGCGAGACGCAGGUGCUGGGCGAGCUGCAAUUCACCUUUUUGAUGAUCAUGACCUUGAUGAACUACUCGUGUCUUCAGCAGUGGAAAAGACUGCUGGGGCUGAUCCUGACCUGCCGAAGUGCGAUCAAGGAUCGGGAGCUUUUCAUGCGCGAUGUACUCCGACUACUUCUACUGCAGCUGAAGAGAUGCGACGAUGUUGAGGGCGGGCUAUUUGAUCUUGACGGGGAAGAAGGGGGAGACUUCUUGCGGAAGCUACUGAUCAAAUUCAGAAAGUCGCUUUAUGACGUGGUGGAUGGAGCUGCGUCGCAAGUGAAGGAUGAAUUUGAGCGACUGGAGCAAUGGGUCAAGGAGGAAUACGACUGGGAGCUAGACCGUGGGGUGGUUGUCAGAUACGGCAUACUCCAGUUGGAGGAUGGCGAAGAGGUUGAAAUGGACACAAACGAGGGCGACGAGGACCAAGAAAUGGGGGAAUAUGCACCGGUCAUUGUAGACCUUGGAGAUGGUAACACGGAGACUGACAAGUAUUGAAGCCAUGCAUAUGCGGUGUGAUUUGAAUCUACCGGUCAAUGCCUGAGUCUGUUAGGGCCAUAGAGGCUCAGGCGGGGCUUUAGUUCAUGCAAUCUUGUUUGAUUGUCUCACAAUGAAUUCUUAGGUCGUUCAGAUGAGUCCGAAUCAAACCGCAGUGUUGAUUGCCUCUAGGGUUCCGUU